GUGCAAACUGUUUACAAAUGGUAGCGCUCACAUGGAUCAGCCUGAUAUGCAUGAAGUUCUCGAAGAGUGGUUAUACAAUUAAUUUCAGAUUAUAUAUGCAGAAAAUCUGUCUAUUUCUUCUAAUCUUGUCAAACGAGACCUGGACUUACAUAUGUUGUCUGCAGUGGCUAAAAUUCCUAAAAAGUUGUUCACAAUAUGCUUACAACAAAAAAUAUUUAACAGAAGAAUCAACUGUACCAGAAAUCUUACCUGCUCAUAUAAAAAAGUGUUUUCCAAAUUGUCACGAAUAUUGCAAAAAGUGCCUGAACGAAAGAUGGCUACUCAAAGUCCAGAAACACAGACAAUCAAUGGGAAAGAGUACUAUACUGUGACUGAAGGAAAAGCUGAAAUUCUUUUUCCAUCUUCAAAUGAAGUAUUUUAUAAUCCAGUACAAGAAUUUAAUCGAGAUUUGACGAUUGCUGUUAUUGGGUUAUAUGCCGAGGAGUUUUUAAAAACACAAGACAUACAAGUGAAGUAUCCUGGUGACAAAGAUGAAGAAACUCAAAACAAAGAAUCAAUUAAUAGGAAAUCAACUGAAAAGUUGCAUGAUACAUCAAAUGUAAAAGCAGCCAAUCAGAAAGAUGAUACAUCAACUGUAAAACCAACCAAUCAGAAAGAUGAUACAUCAACUGUAAAACCAACCAAUCAGAAAGAUGAUAUAUCAACUGUAAAACCAACCAAUCAGAAAAAUGAUACAUCAACUGUAAAACCAACCAAUCAGAAAGAUGAUAUAUCAACUGUAAAACCAACCAAUCAGAAAAAUGAUACAUCAACUGUAAAACCAACCAAUCAGAAAGAUGAUGACAAACACAUAAAGACAUUACAACCUGGAGAAUUGUGUGAGGCAGGUAUCUCUAUCCUAGAAGGUUUGUCAGCAUCUGGUCUGCGGUCUAUCCGAUUUGCUAAAGAAAUUGCUGGUGUCAAACAAAUUGUUGCCAAUGAUUUUGCUGCAGAAGCUGUGGAAUCCAUUAAAAAUAACGUCAGACAUAAUAAAGUGGAUGGCAUGGUAACCGCCAGUCAUGCUGAUGCUGCGUUAUUAAUGUAUCAACACCGAAAUCCCUAUGAUCGCUACGAUGUCAUUGAUUUAGAUCCGUAUGGGAGUCCAUCACAGUUUUUAGAUUCAGCAGUACAAGCUGUAAAAGACGAUGGAAUACUAUGCAUUACAUGUACAGAUAUGGCUGUCUUAUGUGGUAACCAUGGUGAAACCGCAUAUUCAAAAUAUGGUGGUAUGGCUCUGCAUACAAAAUAUGGUCAUGAAAUGGCUUUAAGAAUUGUGUUGCAUUCUAUUGAAUCACAUGCAAACCGUUACCAUAGAUACAUAGAACCAUUACUGUGCAUCAGUGUUGAUUUCUACAUACGUCUAUUCAUAAGGGUUCAUACAGGGCAAGCAGAAGUCAAAAAAUCAGCAAGUAAGCGUGCCAUGGUCUACAACUGUGUUCACUGUGAAACCUACCAUUUACAAAGAAUGGGCAAAUGUAUACAGACAGAAAAAAGUUUGAAAUACUGUCCUGCUAGCGGACCUCCAGUUGGAUCAUCAUGUGAACACUGUGGUGGAAGAUUCCAGAUUGGUGGACCCAUGUGGGCUGAACCCUUACAUAAUAUGGAAUUUGUUACAAAAUUAUUAAGAAGAGUGGAAAGGAACCCUGGGAGAUUUUUAACAUCAGACAGAAUUAUUGGUUUAUUGAAUGUUGUGAGUGAGGAGUUACCAGACUGUCCACUGUAUUAUAUUGUUGGUAAAAUGUGUAAUGUAUUACACUGUAGUUGUCCGUCACUGAUCCAACUAAGAUCUGCAAUACUGCAUGCUGGGUAUGAAGUUUCCCUAUCGCAUGCCAGUCCAGAAGCGAUUAAGACCAGUGCACCUAGUGAUGUUAUAUGGGAUAUUAUGAGAGCAUGGGUCAAAUUGCACCCUGUGAAGCAAGAGAGACUGAAAGAGGGCAACCCAGCAACUAAAAUACUUAGUAAAGAACCAAGCAUUGAAGUUUCAUUCACAACAUUACCCAGUGCAAAUCCACGAUCCAGAAAGUUUAAACUGGUUAGGUUUCCAGAAAACCCUCAGAAAUAUUGGGGGCCUAAAGCUAGAGCAAAGAGAAAAGGUGGCAGUGAACCUAUCAUUGAAAAAAGAGCAAGAUUACAAGGGAAACGAGGACCAGUUGAGGGCUACAUCGAGAGGGACUUGAAAAGUUAUCCUUGUAAAAGAUUUAAAAAGGGAAAGUGUGAUCUUGGAGAUAGGUGUAAAUAUUCUCAUGCUGAUUCUAUGUGCCAUAGCAGAGAUAACGAAGUGUAA